AUGGCGCACAGGAACACUAGUGUCGACCUCGAAACAGCGUCCAAGUUCUCUGAGAAGGAAGAUGUCUUCGUCAGCGUCGCACCCGCUCCAAUGGGAUCCGAUAGGUCGAAGUCGGCGACAACAAGAGGAUUGAAGAGCAGGCACAUUCAACUCAUCUCCAUCGGUGGUGUUAUUGGGACGGGCCUUUUCAUUGGCUCGGGUAAAGCACUCGUCAUGGCCGGCCCUCUCUCCUGCUUGCUUGCGUACAUUAUAUUCUGUGUCAUUGUUUGGUGUGUGGCCCAAGCAGCAGGCGAACUCGCAACUCUCCUACCCAUAACCGGCUCUUUCAUCACUUGGUCACACCGUUUCAUCGACCCUGCCGCUGGUGUAGCUUGUGGAUGGAACUACGCCUAUGCUUGCAUCGCGUUCGCUUGUGCAGACAUCUCAGCUGUAACGGGACUAUUCCAAUACUGGCUUCCCGACUCCUCUCCCGCAAUCUGGGUUUCCUACUGCCUUGUCGUAUUCUUUAUUCUCAACGCAUUCGCAGUUAGGCUUUACGGCGAGGCGGAAUUUUACUUCGCAUCCGGCAAAGUCAUCCUCAUCAUCGGAUUCAUCAUCUUCACAUUCAUUGCCAUGCUUGGUGGUAACCCCGCCCAUGACAGAUUUGGAUUCAGGUACUGGAAGGACCCCGGUCCCAUGGCAGAAUACCUCGUCGAUGGUACUCUCGGCCGCUUCCUCGGCUUCUGGGGCGUCUUCCGUGUCGCCGCAUUCUCUAUCGGCGGACCAGAAUUCGUGGCUAUGUGUUCCGCGGAAGCGGAGAGGCCCAGGGUCACUAUCCCGAAGGCUAUCCGGAGAGUGUUCUGGAGGUUGGCUGCGUUCUACGUCCUCGGCAUCCUCUGUGUCGGUAUCCUUGUCGCCUCCAACGACGAAGAUCUGCUCAACGGAAUCGCUACCGGAACUGGUGUCGGUGCCUCUCCAUUCGUCAUCGGCAUGCAGCACCUCGGCAUCAAGGUCCUCCCCCACAUUAUCAACGCCGUCAUCAUUACCUCCGCCACCUCCUGCGGUAACUCCUUCGUCUAUGUCGCGACUCGUUCCGUCCAUUCGCUCGCGGUCAAUGGUCAAGCUCCAAAGGUUCUGAGUUACACGACGAAGAGGGGUGUCCCGCUCUUCUCCCUGUUGUUCGUAUUGGCAAUCUGUUGUUUGAGUUACAUGACUGUAAACUCCGGUGCCGCCGUCGUCUUCGGCUGGUUCCUCGAUCUCUCCUCCGUCGCAGCCCUUAUCAACUUCUCCUGGAUGUGUCUUGCUUGGAUCCGAUUCGACAAAGGCAUGCGUGCCCAAGGCCUCUCUCGCGAAAUUUUGCCAUUCAAGGGCAAGCUCAUGCCGUAUGCAGCCUGGACCGGGUUGGUAUGGUGUGUUCUGCUUACCGUUACAAACGGGUUCGCGGUGUUUAUCAAGAUUGAUGGGAACUUUGACAUCCAAUCGUUCUUCACUGCAUACUUCGGUGUCAUUCUCACCGCCGUCAUCUACUUCGGGUGGAAGCUCUUCAAGCGUGGCGACCAAGGCUUCCGCAAACCAGCAGAGAUGGACCUUCUCGGAGGAUCAGAAGAAGCCGACGAGGACGAGAAGUGGUGGCAGGAGAAUUAUGUGCCCCCGACAACGAGAUGGGGAAAGUUUGUGGACUGGCUGUUGUGA